CAUUUCUUUUUCUAGAAAUCAUCAAAGUCGCGUGCACGUUUUUCUUCAUUUCCGAUUAAAUUUUUAAUUUUUACAAAAAAAUUAAUAAAACUAAAAAUGCGUGAGAAUACUCCACCACGUAUUCAAGAUAUUGAAGAAGACGAUACCGAUGAUUAUUUAGUUGCUGACGAUGAAGAAUUCGAAGAAGUUACCAUCGAAGAUCUGGAAGCAAUGUUCCAGAAUCAGAAUUCCGAUGAUGAAAACAAUGCCGACGAUGAUGGUGAACCUGAAUCGCGAACUCCAGUCCAAGAUGACGCCAUUCUUACUUUAAGUGGCCACGAGGGGUCGGCAUUCACGUGUUCAAUGCAUCCAACAAAAGACUGGGCUGUGACUGGAGGCGAAGAUGACAAAGCUAUUGUUUGGAAUACACAAACUGGAGAGAAAAUAUACACAGUCGAAGGACACAAGGAUUCAGUCAUUGAAACACAUUUCAGUGCGGAUGGAACUUAUUUGGCCACUGGCGAUAUGGCUGGGGAAAUUAUGAUCUUCAAAAUAACAGAUGAAGUAACAAAAGUCUGGGACUAUUCUAUGGGUGAUAUGUGCUGGAUGAAAUGGCAUCGAGCUGCAAAUGUUCUCAUAGCUGGAAGUGAAGCUGGUGAAAUUUACAUCUGGAGAAUACCAUCGGGAGAUUGUAAAAUUCUCCCUGGCAACGGAGUGAAAUGUGAAUCUGCUGAGAUAACCGGUGAUGGGAAAAAACUUUUAGCUGGCUAUGGUAAUGGAUGUGUCAAACUAUGGGACAUUAAAUCAAAUUCCAUAAUUAUGGAAGUUGAAUUAAAUCAUCCAAUGGCACACAAAGACAAUGUCUCUACAGUUUCUUGUGAUCGUGAAAAUCCAGUCUAUAUGACUGGAGGUGAAGAUGGUAAACUUUUGUUCCUCACCAACAGCGGGCCAGUUGGUUCGGUUGAAGCUGGUGGUCCAGUUGAAUGUGUGGCAUUUUCACCAUCACCGGAAUUCAAAGUUGCAGCUAGUGGAACUCUUCAGGGACAAAUUGCGAUAUGGGAUUAUCAAAAGUAUUCCAUGCGUACUCAAUGUGAACAUCCAGAAAUUGAUGAUGGAGUGACGACAAUGAAAUGGAUUUCGGACCACACUUUGCUUGUGGGGACAAUUCAGGGACACAUCUUUGGUUAUGAUGCGAGAAAUGGAAGCCGAAUAUUUACUCUAUCCGGUCAUAUGGGUGAUAUUUAUUCAAUGCAGUAUAAUGCCCGAGAAGGAACUGUGAUGUCGGUUUCAGAAGAUAACACGGCAAAGAUUUUCAAAUGUCCCAAUUUGGAAUAAUUUUUUUAAGUUUAUUUUUCUGUCAAAAUACUUUUAAAUUAUUUCUUCUUUGUUUUUUUUUUUCUUGUAUAUAAUAGU